AUGACCUGCUUGUUGAUCAAGAACCAGGCUGAUGUCAACUUCGCGAACAACAAGUACGACGAGCAGAACCGCCACGCAGGGAAGACGGCCCUGAGCUUCGCCGCGGAGCAGGCGGACACCGACAUGACGGCCACGCUGCUGAACUACGGCGCAGACGUGGAGGCUGGCAUGGCUCCGCAGAGUACCUUCUGGAUUCUGCAGAACUUGGGCGGCCCCAAGUUUGAACAGGUGAAGCAAAUGAUUAUGACCAUGAUGGCACAGAGCCGCAUGGGCUUCAACCGCUGGGUCUUCCCUGUGAGUGGGCGUCGGGACCUGCCGGUCAGCCACGACACGGAGGCGCUCGAGCGCGACCUGCUGCGCACCGCGUCCAUGCCGGGCUCCGACGCAACUGGCCGGCUCAAGUCGCUGCUGGAUGUUGUGGACCUUGGCUGCAAGGACUUCCGAGGACGCUGCGCUCUCUGGAAGGCCAGCUUCAGCGGGGACAUUGACAAGGUGGAGUGGCUGGUGCGUGCGAAAGCCGACCUGGAUCAAACCGCGCCCCAGCCAGGAUCAGAGGGUUGUGAUACCGUUGAUCACCCCCAAGAGUUCAUACCGGGGCCGGAGAAGGUCCCAACGAUCCGGCUGUUCGCCGGUUAA